GACAUAUGCAACGGCUUUUGUUUUUAUUUACAAAUUACAGAAAUUAUUCGCUGUGCCUCUGCUGUAUUCAAGUAUUCAAGUUUGGAUUAUAGUAUGUUAUGUGUGCAUUGAUUAACUAGUGGCAAUUUAAGUGGAAAUGGAAUCUUUAGAAAGUUAUGUGGUAGGAAUAUGUCAGAACAUGUGCCCCGAUGAAGAAAUAAAACUACGAGAAAAAGAAAGUCUCCUGCAUACUUUGGAAGUAGUGCCAGGAACUGAAAGAGACCGUAAACCAAAAGCUGAUAGAAGCCGUAUGGUCAAAACAUUUUGUCGGUCUGCAGCAGGAAAAUCUAUGCAAGACCCAAAAAAUUUAAGACCGCCAAAUAUUUUGUUAAAAACAUUAAAUUACCUUUUAGAUGAUAUUAUAUCUAGGAAAGAUUUACCUUGGACAGUGAUUUAUGAUUUUGUAAUGGAUAGGUUAAGGUCAAUAAGGCAAGAUCUAGUCAUUCAGAAUUCUUCUAAAGCCUAUUGCAUCAGUAUUCUUCAACCUAUAGUAAGAUUUCAUGCAUAUGCUUCAUAUAGACUAUGUGAGGAAAACAUAAACAGUUUUGAUCCAGUUAUAAACACAACUCAUUUACAAGAGUGCCUAAAAAGACUUUUGUGUAUGUAUGAUUGCUGUGAGGAGAUAAGUGGUAAGGAUGGCGAAGUAUAUUCAUUUUUAAUUGAAAAUAGACCACAUUUUGAGGCUUUAUAUUUAGUCUUAAAUUUAGGAGAUUCUGAAGCAAUUAUAAGACCUUUAAAUUUAUCUAAAAUAUGGAGAACUGACGUGGUAGAAACUGCUUUAGAACUAUCCCUUUCAUAUACAAACAGUAAUUUCAUCAGAGUUUGUAGACUAAUAAAACAGCUUCCAAUAUUACUUCAGGCUGUGGCAACCCUACACUUACCAAAAUUGAGAAGGACUGUCUUAAAAAUUAUGUCUGUAGCUUAUAGUUCUAAAAACUUAAUUUUUCCUGUACAUGUUCUAAAAAGUCUAUUGUUGUACAAUAAUGACCGAGAUGUAUUCAGUGACUGUAAAUAUUAUGGAUUAGAAGUUCGAGACAAUGGAAUUUGUUUUUUAAGGAGUUCGUUCAAUGAUAAUAAGAUGCUGCCUCCGUCACAUCAAGAUUUUGUCGAUCAGAAGCUAAAUGAUGUUAGUGUCUCUACUUUAAUUCUGUUUGGAGAUGAAUGAAAAAUGUUUUACGUUUUAUAUUAUUUUGUUGUGUUUAUAUUUUUUUUAUAUACCUACUUAAA